AUGGAUGAUUUGGAUUUUACCUCUGAACAGAAACUAAAGGGGGUUGUUUCUCUGUUUCGUUGCGAAGCAUAUCAGUGGUGGCUGAUGGUUAAGGAGGGCACUCAGCCCGACCGAUUGACUUGGGAUUACUUUAAAAUGGCUUUCCAGAGUAAGUAUGUGGGGGCCAGUCACAUUGACGCGAGGAGGCGGGAGUUCCUUAAUCUUACCCAAGAGGACCGUACAGUGGCCGAGUAUAAGGCUGAAUUUCUAAGAUUGAGCUGGUAUGCAGGAGGAGAAGAUCGCCAAGAGCUUAAGCGCAUUGAGUGCCAAAACCGAGAGAAAGGAAAGAAUAAGAGGGAAUUGAGGCCCUCGAGUUCUGGGAUGAGGCCUAAGAAAAUGGCCAGAGUUGAUGGGCUAGUUAGAGUUGGGCCUCCUGUUGCACCUACUGGGGUGGUGCUUUGUGGAUGUGGCUCUACUAAGCAUCGUGUCAGAGAUUGUUCACUGAAAACUGAUCAGAUGCAAGCUACGGGUAUUGGUACUACACAGCCACUGAGAGUAGUUCAACAGCCACCUAGGGACCGAGGUCAGGCUAGGGGUGGUAACGGCAUGGGCCGAGGACAGAGAGCACUGGGUAGAAGUGCUGGACUGACUGAGGUGAGGCAGCCUGCUUUGGUCUAUGCUACUCGUUGUCGUAAGGACAGAGAUGCUCCGGACGUCAUCACAGACAUAGGCUCUACAGACUCAUAUGUAGCUUAUUCUGUGUCUGAGACCUUGAGGAUUCUGGUUAAGAGUACUGAUAGUGAGGUAACUGUGUUAAGUUCUUUGGGGCAAUCUGUCCAAGUUAGUAGAUUGUAUAAAGAUGUUCCGCUAGAGGUCCAAGGGGCAGCAUUUUUGGCUGAUGUGAGUCUGGAUUGUGCAACGAAAAGGGUUGUCUUGAGGAUCGAGGAGGACAACAAGGUAAUUGUGAUUGGGGAACGACGUAACUAUCUGAAAAAUGUGAUUUCUGUAUUGGUAGCGGAAAAGUUAGUAAGAAAAGGGUGUGAGGCAUUCUUGGCCUACGUUAGUAUUUCUGGUUCUGAGACUCUUCGGCUAAGGAUAUCAGAACUGUGA